AUACACGCAUGCGCACUAUAAUCUAUGUGGUGGCCUUAGAAGUGAUGGCGCCGGAUGAACUUCAAUCGUCGACUCGAGGUACGUUCCGCCUCCUCUGACUGUCGGAUUUCCUAUAAAAGGAAUAUCUGAGAUAUACAUUAAAAUGAUAUAGUCUACAAGGUUAAUUCUGCAUCAUGACUGUUCAUUUAUCACUUUAUUUAUUUCUAUUUUUUGGUUUAAUUACAUCUUCACCAAUUUCUGAUCACGAAUUAAAUACAAAUUCACUAUUGAAAAGUCAAGAAAUUUUAGUUGCAGCAGCAUUUUUAUUUCUUAUAAUAUUUAUUAUCAUUAUUUGUUCUUGUUGUCCUCGUCAUGGGUCUAAAAUCAUAAAUCUUGAGAAAGAAUGCUCUCUAUCAACCCAUAAUAGUAACCAAUCACAAAUGUCAGAAUUUACUAUUUUUCCACCAGUUACUGGUUUUUAUAAUCAGACGAAUUCCUUACAUGAUGAUGAAGUUACAUUUGAACCUUUACCUGAAAUCCGUCCAAGAAAAUCAGAUCCGCCAACACAAAAUCGGCCAUUACGUCCAGCUCAUUUUAGUAAUGUGUUAAAUAGAGGAUUAUCACUUCAAGAUUGGUUUGAGGAACCACAUUGUAAUUUUCCACGUAGUAAAUUACAAUAUCUUCAAGAAGUAGGAACAGGAUGGUUUGGACAAGUUGUAAGAGGAGAAGCACAAAAUAUUAUUGCAGAUGAAAGAAAAUCACAAGUGAUAGUGAAAAUAUUGAGAGAGGAUGCAACACCUUCAGAACAUAUAUAUUUUUUACAUGAAGUUUGUCUUUUUAGAGAUUCAUGCCAUCCAAAUAUUCUACAGUUGUUAGGACAGUGUUUGGAAUGUGAUCCGUUUUUAAUUAUUUUAGAAUAUUGUACAAUAGAUUUGAAAAGUUAUUUGCUUCAACAAAAGAACAAUCCAUCACUUCUUAAAGAAGGACUUAUCCUUCAUGUCUGCUGUAACAUAGCAUCAGCGCUUGAAUACAUGCAUGAGAAAAACUUUAUUCAUACUGAUCUGGCAGCUCGAAAUUGUUUAGUAACUGAAAAUCCUUUCAAAGUAAAAAUUGGUGAUUAUGGUACUUCAAUUCAAGCUUAUAAAAAUGAUUAUUAUUGCUUAGGAGAUAUGGCACUACCAAUUCGAUGGUCAGCUCCAGAAUCUCUUCAUUGCACAGAUACUAUCAUAGAAACUAAAGAAGUUAGCAAAGAAGCAAAUGUGUGGUCAUUUGGAGUGUUAAUGUGGGAGAUUCUAGAAUUUGGAAAAUUGCCUUAUGGAGAUUUAACAAAUGAAGAAGUACUACAAAAAGUAAUUGUGGAAAAAUGUAUAUAUCUUGAACAGCCCAAAACUCCUUGCAUCCACAAGAAUUUAAUAUUCAGUAUCAUGCAGCUGUGUUGGUAUUCUCAAAGUGAAAGACCAUCUAUUAAGAAAAUAUUAGCUCUCUUAAAUCAUUUAUUUAAUAAUCAGGAUACACCUUCUGAUUCAUCUGAAUUUGAGAAAAGGUGGAAUGCACUUCAACCUACACCACAAGAACAUAAUUUUCAAAUAAAAACUUCUGAUUUAACUUCAGUGCCUUUAUAUUUUGAAAAUAAUUUUGUAGAAAGAAAUAUAGAAACUAACAAUAAUAAAUCACAAUCAAAAUUUUAUUCUAGAGAAGCUUCACCAUCUGGUGGAUCAGUUUCUGCUGGUAUAGAAGUGUUUACAACAAACAUAUCCCCAAGUUUACAAAAUCUGACUGGUAGCAUUGAAGAUUUAAAUAAGGAAUCUUCUUUUGAUAAAAAUAAGCAAGAAGAAAAUUGUUUAAAAUCCACAGAUUUAAAAACGGAUGCCGACACCAUUGUGACUGCGCAACAGAUUUCAGAAGCCAUACAAGAUCUCGAUAAUAUUCUUGCAGCAGAAGCUGUUUCGUCAUCUGAAAAUUCAAAAAGAACAACACCAGAAAAAGUUUUGGAAAUUCAGACACUUGCAUCAAAUUCUAAUGAACCAGCCACUUUAAAAGUUGAUAUUGAUUUAGAUUCUAAAUGUACUUUAGAUAAAGAAGAUUCUUUGGACAACAGUUUAACAUUGUGGAAGAGCUUAGAAUCAUCUGAACAGUCUGAAAAAGUAAAGGACUUUUUAAAAUUAACUAUCAUUGAUAGUGAAGGAAGCAGUGAUUCAGAUCACCAAAGUCUGAUUGAAAAUUAUAAAUGUUUACAAACUGACAGAGAUGAACCAGUUUUUCAUAUUUUACAGCAAGAGAAUAGUUCUGAUGAUACAACAUUAGAGAAUAAAAAUGAAGAGAAAAAUCAAUCAUAGGAUAUUAACUUAAAAAUUAAGUAUAUUAGAAAUCAUUUGGAAGAAAAUUUUCUGUGAUAGAAAAAUGGAAUGGUGCACUUUUCAAUUAAUUGUUAAUGCUAUAUUUAUUUAUUUUUACAAGAAUACUUUUCAUGUAAUUAAAGUAUUUGUACUAUUUAUAGUAUAAACACUUUAAUUACAUUCAAAAUUAUGUGAAAAUUAUUAAUCAAAAAGAAAUUAAUUGAUGAUAAAAGCAAAUUAUUAUAAUCACAAAUUUUUGAUAAGAUAUAUGUUUAGGUUAUAAAUAGGCAAAGAAACUCUUAAACAAAAUGAAUAAAUUUAAUAAAUACAGAUCAAUAACUUUUGGCUAAAUAUUUAUCAUUCAAUUCCAAAUUUAAUGUAAUUGGUCAUUUUUAUAAUUAUUCUUUAGGGAAUGUUAUUUAUUAUGGGAAAUUUAAAUUUUUAUUAGUCAAUACUUUGAUUCUUCUAUUGAUGAUUGAAAUAAUGUUGGCAGCUGGCAUUUACAAUGAAGAUGAAAGAAAAGCAUACAUUAUUAAAAUAAUAUAUCUUGAGUGUUUAAAAAUAUUAAAAUUUGUUAAAAUGGGUUAUUUUCAAAUUCCCUGAAGGAUUGUUUUAUAAACAGAUAUUUUAAUGUACAGAAUGUUGAAAAAAAAUGUAAAUAGAAUUUGUGAAUUAUAUAUAUUAAAUCAAUUAGAUAUAUUUAUGGCAAAUAAAGUCUUUUUGA